AUGUCAUCACUCAUCGAUAUCAACACACUCCCGUACUUCAAUCCCAGCACUGAUAGAAGGGUGGCUAUAAUAACUGGAGGGAACAGCGGUAUAGGCUUUUACACAGUCUUGCAUCUAUAUUUACAUGGAUAUGUGGUGUACAUUGCUAGUCGGUCAAAAUCUCGAUGCUUGAAACUGAUAAAGGAGUUGGAGUAUCGAGCUAGUCAAAUGAAGCUUUUGGAUCAAGAGGGAGGUACUAAUUUGCAAAAGAUCAACGGCGGAAGUGAAUCGACAAAUUCAGAGAGACGCAGUCCUAAUCAACAAUGCCCAGGUGAGGUGCAUUACUUGGAAAUGGAUUUGAGUAAUCUACAGUCCAUUGUUAAUGCUGUUGAAACUUUUAAAUUAAAAGAACGAUAUCUUCAUUUAUUAAUUAAUAAUGCAGGGGCAAUGGCUUUACCGUAUACCAAAACAGUCGAUAAUUUCGAAAUCCAAUUACAAACAAACUUUAUAUCCCCAUUUUUGCUCACUUUGAAACUACUCCCAAUGCUCGAACGAACGAGUGACACUUUCCCGCAAGCCGAACCCAGACCAAGAGUCAUCUACUUGAGCUCUUUUGGCCAUCAGUUUGCAUUUCGAUACUUCAAUUUGAAAACUGCAUUAAACUACAAACCAAACUUCAUCUUGACUUGGAUCAGGUACGGGAUUGCCAAAACUGCCGGUAUACAUUUCAUGAAGAUGUUGGCACUACGUAAUCCCAAAGUUCUUUGUGUUUCAGUGCACCCUGGUUUGGUCAUGAAUACAAAUGUGUUUGCAUAUUGGACAAAUUUGCCCAUUGUUGGCAUCAUAUUCUGGUGUGUUUUCCAGAUAUUUGCUUGGGUCUUGGGAGUCAGUUCAGAACAAGGUGCCAUGGAAGUGUUACAAUGUUCUUUGAAUCCCUAUUUAUCGGUGCAAGAGAAUAAUGGAAAGAUAUUUGGGUCUCUGGGGAAGGAAUUGCAGCCUUCGAAAGUUGCUGGCAAUAUGGAUUACGCGGCGCGGACGUGGAUCUGGACUGUACAUGAGCUAAGUAAAAGAGGGUUCAUCAUUCCUGGGGCAUAG